ACGCGCGGCGCGGCCGGCGUCUUCCUCCGCGGAUCCAUCCCUCCUCCUCCUCCUCCUCUUGCUGUCCUUGUGGCGAACAGGCGAAGGCAAGCAACAGCGCAGAUCUCUCUCCCCUUCGCUCGUCCACCUCCGCGCCGCGCCUCGCCUCGCCUCGCCUUGCCAUUUCGGAGCUUGGUUUCUUUCCCCUUUUGGUUUCGGUUGGAUUUCAAUUGUUAGUUUAUUGGAGGGAAGAGAAGAAGUUGGGGGUGGGGAGAAGGCGUUAGGUGGGCGGCUGCGUGCUCCGCCUCGGGAGAAGGUCAAAAGAAAUCCCCCACCACCAACCCAGCCCAGAAUCCGCCAUUGCUCUUCCUUUUCUCCUCCGUCCGUAGCCAAAGGCGCCGGCUUUCCUGACUCCGGUGGUUUCCCUCCACCCACGCCAGAUUGAUUGAUUGAUUGUUCGAUUCCUUUUGUCGGGGGAGGAAGAGGAACACGAGUCCGGAGAGAUGUGCCCGCUGCGGGUGAUCCUCAUCUUCCUCUCCGCCACCAUCGCCGGCUUCUUCCUCAUCAGGGGGCUCAACGCCGAGCCCGACCAGUUCGACGCCGACGCCGACGAGUCGGAAACCCCCCGGGCGCCCCUGCCUCUGCAUUCCAAGGUUGGAUCGGCUGUGAAAACAGGGUUCUGGACGAUGGUGGACAUGGCAAGUGGGCGGUACCUCUGGCGCACCCUUGUUGCCCAACCUGCGAAAUCGGAAUCCGAUAAGGCCCGGUGACGAAUGCUCAAUUGUUCAUAAAUAAAUUAUCUCAUCUCGCGGAUGGAGUGCCACAUAGGUGAAGACUGGUAGUCUGGUACAAUCCUGUUGUUGUUACAUAUUGGUAUAAUGGUGUUGGUGUGUAAUAUGAGAUGGUGGAAGAUGUUACACGGGGAUUAUAUAUUAAAGUAACUUUGCAAAAAAUUUCAUGUGUUGAGCCUUGUGUUGUGUAAGACUGGAAGUGGGUGCUAUGCUGGAAAUGUGUACUUUGGCCAUGAGAUUUGGGUCAAGGUUUGCAGGUUUUGUCUUUCAACUAAACCCACGCUUAAAUGUGGGACUUGAAAUAUAGAAUACAAGUGAGUACCUGGAAUA